AUGGCCUUAUUCGAGUUAAUAUGCAGUUUGAUGAUAAUAUUCGUCCAUGCCGGAAGAAUCCCAUCAAUUCAGCCUACCCUAACCCAAAACACAUUCUACACAGCCAUUAAUAAUACAUGUACCAACGCAUCGGAACUGAUGAAACAAGAAAACGAAGUAUUCAAAAAUUGCAUAAACCUCGCAGAAAUCACAAAAACCGCACAACUAACAUCCAAUAACACGCAAAACGUCAAAUGCCUGCUCUACUACGAUCGCAUAAUGGCCUACUGCAAAUCGAACACCAGCCAAAUUCACUAUCCUACAUUAGAGGAAACCAGCACAUCGUACAACCUUUCGGAGAUAUGCCAAGGCGUCGCUAAUUACUCCAAAAACCUGUUUAAACCCGAUGGUAUCUCACCGUACCGUUGCAUACUCUUAUGCGGCAAUCUCGACGAGAAAUUCGCCCCCGAAUGUUUACUCGCACACUAUUAUCACACUCGAUUAAAUCCUACUUCGGAUAAGCAACCGGUUAUACAGCCAAUUACGCAACAAAUGAACGAACCGAGUAAUGAGAAACCUGUGCCAGAUACUAAACCUAAAAUGGCGGUCACACCCGAUCCUCCUAAACCUGAAGCUAAUACUGAUGAUGAUACCAAGGAAAAACCGAAAACGUUGAACGAAUCUGUCGCACCUAAGAAACCGGAAAACGAAAUCAAACCGUUGGUAGCGGUCGAACCUGCGAAACAAUCGGAGCCAUCGGAACCCGAUAAAGAACCGAAAGAACCGAUCCCCGAAGAACCCACUAACAAAGCAGAUGUCCCAAUCAAGCCCGCUCUAACGGUACCAACCACCAAAGCCCCCGUACAGGAACCCCCCGAAGUCUCCAUCGACAAACAGAAACCCCCACCGCUCGAACCCGACAACGAAAUGGAAGAGCAGGGGAACCUGAACUACAACAACCCCGACGACGACACCAUCCCCUUGGACAAUCAACAACAACCUCCCGCAGAGGAAGAAUUUGUGAUUGUAGAAAAAGAAAAACCGAUGCCCGAUAAGAAGCCCGAUACUCUCCAAGAGAACCCAAUCAACGUGGAAAAUGCGGAGGAAAUCGACGGGGAAUCGUACUUCAUGUCCUAUUUCAUGGUUGUUUGCGUACUGGUCGUUUUGGGUUACGUCGGGUACCACAAUAGAGUUAAGGUAAUGGCCCUUAUGUUGGAGGGAAAGAGAAACCGGAGACAAUACAGAGGCCGAAGACCGAAUUCCGCUAAUUAUCACAAAUUAGACAGCAAUCUGGAGGAGGCCAUUUCUUCGAACGUCACGAAAACUUCUACGAAUGUUAUUUAUUAA